AUGACAACAAACAAUGCUAAUGCGUACAAUCAAGAAGAAGAAGAACAGGAUGAAACUUUGCAAAAUUUUGAUAAAAUGCCAAUUGAUCUUCCAUGGAAUAUUAAAGAGAAAAGUAACGUCAAUGAAAAAUUGGAUGAAAUAGAAAAACAAAAUUUAUCAAGAAAAAUGAGUCAAUUAUCAACUAGUGCAACACAUGAAAAAAAUCCUAUCAAGAUAAUGAAAGAAAUCAAAGAUCAACUAGAAAUAAUUCCAAAUUAUUUAACAAAACAAAAUAUAUCUUUCAAAGAACUUAUGCAUCAAACAUUAUCGUCGAUAAUAACAACAACAGAAAAAUUAAAUAAUAAUAUGGAUGAAUUAAGAAAAAUAGCUAUUUUAAUUUAUAAAAUUAUGGUUAUUCAAACUUAUCAAUAUUUAUGGAAAACUUAUUUAAAAUCUGGUACAGGACAAUUGAUUAUUCCAUAUGAAACAAAACAAAAGCUAUCCUAUCCGACAACUUUAUCAAUAUGGCCAAAAUAA